UAUUUUAAAAAACGAAUUUCAACGAUGGCUAUCGCUUCCAAAAUCCACCAAGUCUCCCCUAAACCUACGUUGGAGACAAUACCAGCGAUCACUACGUGCAAACAUGUUGAGGUGGCUGUUCUUCGACUAACAACUGUAGCGGAUGGAGUUAAUGUGGAUAUUAAGGAUUUACUUACUUACGAGGUCGAUAACACGUCUAUCCCUGACAAAAGGCCUGUCAACGGUGAUUAUCAUGUCAAAUCGAAGUACCUUAUCCGUCGAAAAGGCCAAAAGGACGGGUUAGAAAAGGCCUUAUCUCUAUAUGAAAAUCGACGUAAAGAUUAUGUCGCAACCAUUGCCUGUCUUGAAACUAGAGAGAACAAAAACGAGGAAGAAAUUUCAAAACUGCGUGAGACUCGAAAGUUUCUACGGAAGCUUCAGCGAAGAAUACAAGAAGCCCGCAAAAUGUUGAGUGCUAUAGCGGAUAAUAACACCAAGGCCGACGAUCGGUCACCGAAGUGGGCUCCGCCACCAAUAAGAACUGGUGCAUUGGUACUUCCCACAUCGGAUGCACCUGCAUUUACAAUAUCUGCAAGGAUUUAAGGAAGUAUUACCGAGGAGUAGGACCACUGAAUCACUCUUGUUAAUGUUUUUUCAAGGUCUGCACGAAAAACUGCUAGUGACGAUGAUGUAGGGCCACGACUACAACAGCGCCAGCGGCUCUAUCGACGCCUAUUAACUGUACAAAUGAAGACAUCUUCCGACAGCCCAUUGAUAUAAGGAAGUCUACCACUAAUCCUAGUCAGUUUGUCAUACCAUCGCUUACUGAGCAGCUUCUUUCAGUCCUUACCAGAUAAACGAGAGGCUAACACCUAGUGACUCAAAAAGCAAAGUGCACCGGAAGAUGCAUCGGAUCCGGAAUCAACGCACUUUGGAGUUGGAGAUGCCAGCCAUAAGGAGCUUCUCUAAAAGCUUCCAAAUAUAAUUUGGCACGAUCCGCCAAUGCGGCUAUUUUGAAAUGUCUAAGUUCAGUAUGUACAACGUGCUUAAAACGCCUUAAAAAUAAAGUUAUCAUAUGU